AUGGCACCUCAAAAUGCAGAAGAUCGCAGCCCCGGGGGAAAAGCUAUCUUCGUGGGGAAAUCGUGCGAGAUCACGGCGCCCCGAAUGUGCCCGGUCUCGCUCGUUUGGCUAAAACCUCCCUUCUCUUUGACCUUCUUUUCCAGAAACUUCAGUGCUCUGAGCAAAGAAAAUAUCUACGAAAACAACCAGUUGGCUUUCAAAGUGGCCGAAAUGGAACUGGGCAUCCCGGCCCUGCUGGACGCAGAGGACAUGGUCGCUCUCAAAGUGCCCGACAGACUGAGCAUACUCACUUACGUCUCUCAAUAUUAUAACUAUUUCCAUGGACGUUCUCCAAUUGGAGGAAUGUCUGGCAUAAAACGCCCUUCUUCCGCACCCGGCGAGGAGCCGAUGGGGAAGAAGGUUGUAUCUGAACCGGCGGCGCCAGCCCCCAGCAAGCCCCCGCGAGUCUUGCCGCCAUCUGAACCCAAGACAGUUCCAGCCUCUCGCAAUCUGGCGAAGGAGAACUCGCCUGUGGCAGCGAGACGUGUCUUAGCGGAGAACAGCAGCAACACGCGAAGCAGCAACUGCGCCAUCUGCGGAAACCACGUUCACCUGGUACAGCGCCUCCUGGUGGAAGGGAAGCUUUAUCACAGGAACUGCUUCAGGUGCAAAGAGUGCUCUAGCACCCUGCAAUCGGGAAACUACAAAGCUGGGAGUCACGCCGGCACUUUUGUCUGUAACCGGCACGAGGAACCGAUGCCCCUCCGGGAUUCCUUGUCCUCCGGCAUGAGGGGUGUUCCCAGGGAGGAGAAACCUCCCACUACUGCCUCCGCUGCACAGAACUACUUGAAGGGACUUGAAUCCAAGACGCCGGCGCAGGAAUCCGUGAAAAUGAGCGGUGCCGUUAAAUCAGCAGCUUCCGAGCCACUCAACCCUGGGAAUCACAAAGGCAGCUCUGCGUCCGCAAGCUCAAGUUCACAUUGGUCAGACCUUACCGGGAACAAAUCGGAUCGUCUAGCCGUCUCCAGCACCUCUCCUUCCCCACCACGCUGGACACCAUCAUCCGCCAAAACGCAGCAGGCUCGGGAGAAUUUUUUCCAGGCCGGAUCAGGGAGCUCAGGACUUCCUCCGAGCAAAACGGAGCCAGUUAAAAACCAAGGCUCUGUUUUGAACCCGCCUUGGGUCUCCGGGAGAGCAUCCUUUUCCGGGACCCACACAUCGGGGACUGGUCCGGAUGUCGGCGAGAAGGACAGAGCACGGAGCGUCCUGAUGCAGGCAUUGCCGGGGCUUCAGCCUUCCUCCAACAGGACUAGUGGCUUUUGCGGUGCCUCGCCCAGCUCGACGGCAUCCGGCACCAGCAAGCCGUCUCCAGCCACCUCUGGCACACAGCACCUUGAGACGAAAAGCAUCUCGGACUGGAAGCCCUCCAGGCCUGUCAGCGUGCCAGCUGCCACAGAAGAUCCACAGAAAGGACCCCGGGCGCUUUCACCCGCCCUUGAAUGUUUGCCCAAGGAUCUGGGUGGCAAAGUGGGCGUUGGGGUGGCUCCCCAGAGCAGGCUCAAGGAUCAGCCCCCCAGCAGACCUGCAGCUGACUCUGGGCAUAAACUGGACGUUAAGGUCUCCAAAGCGGGAGCCACGAGUGUUACGGAAGAGAAAUCAGAAAUGCCAGCGGACUGGAGGUCUCGGCUGAAGCCGGUGGCAAACAGAGUCCCUGGCCAUGGUGACCCCAGAACCGCCCAGAAACCUGCAGAUGUUCACAGGGCAGCUGUUGACAUAACUCUGAGUCCGGUGCAGAACAACAAAAAGCCAGCUCAUUCAACGACCUCCCUGGUGAAUCGGGAAACUGCUUCGUCGGCUGAUAAUCCGCCAAAGAAAAAACUUCUGGUGCCUCCCGCGGAUAUUUCCAGUGGCUGGAGGUCCCCCAAGCAGCAGUGGGAGGAUAUUGCCACAACCAAGAAGGCCGAGGGGCUGAGCCCCUCCAGGAAGGCCGUUGCGCCCGUGAGGCCGUCUCCUCCUAGAGUCCUCCAGAAGUCUUCGACCGGUCAAGCGGUGUCUCCCUCAAAGCGCCACCCAGACUAUAUCCCUGAGGAGGAAAUCCAGAAGGAAGUACGGCAGAUCGAGAAGGAUUUGGACAAGCUGGAGCUCAAAGGGGUGGAUAUGGAGAAGCAGCUGAGGAACUGCGAGGGAGAUGAGAGCGAGGAUGCCCUGAUGGUGGAAUGGUUCAAGCUGAUCCAUGAGAAGCAGCUGCUGCUGAGGCGGGAGUCUGAGCUCAUGCACAAGAUGAACCAGCAGAAGCUGGAGGAAAAGCAGUGGGACAUCGAGAGCGAGCUAAGGAGCCUCAUGAGCAAAUCUGAGUUCUCGAAGACGCCCAGGGAGAAGGCCCGCGAGGAGGAGCUGCUGGCGUUGUACGUGGCCACGGUCAACGACCGGAAUAAAAUCGUGGAGGACCUGGACGAAGACCGACUCAGGGAAAUUGAAGAAGAUGAAGUAAUGGCGGCCAUGAUCCAGAGGCUCGAUGUGCCCCGUAACACCCAGGAAAGCGAAAAGAAGAAAACGAAAUUCGGCUUAUUCCAUAUGUUGAAGAUAAAGAACUAGGCGGAAGAGUGAAGUAUCCUCGGAGAAGGAGAGUCCGUUUGCCGUUGCUGAUGGAGUAGCCAUUCUGUUUGUCUUUUCUGCUUU